AUGCGCGCCGCCAUCUAUCGAGGAGCCAAGGAUAUCACGGUGGAAGACAGGCCUUCGCCGUCGCUGGAGGCAGGCCGGGUGCUUGUCGACGUCGAGUGGUGUGGGAUCUGUGGCUCGGAUCUUCAUCUGUGGGAGAAAGGGCCGGAGCUCUUCGGCGCUCUGACGAAACCCGACACUCCAGGGCCGAUGGCGAUAUCGCUCGGACACGAGUUCUGCGGCAGAGUGCGUGCCGCCAACCCGGGCUCGCGGUUCCGACCAGGCGACAAGGUCAUGAUCGACCCCCGCCGGCCGUGUAGGCGGUGUAUAGACUGCAACGCGGGCCACUCCUACUGUUGCAAAGCCCAAGGCGGGUACGGGUACAACACGCACGGCGGCUUCGCGGAGCAAGUGUCGGUCAGCGAGCGCAACGUGCAUCUGCUCCCGGCGAGCGUGUCGCUGGAGUUCGCGGCGUUGAUUGAGCCGUUCGCGGUCGCGGUCCACGCGGUGCGAGCAGCCGAGAUCCGCGACGCCGAUUGGGCGCGGUCGCACGCCUUGGUCCUCGGCGGCGGGCCCCUGGGCUAUUGCAUGGUGUCGAUGCUGAAGGCGGUCGGCGUGCGGACUGUGGUCGUGUCGGAGCCGGCGCAGGUGCGCAGAAACCAAGUGUCCAGACUUGCGGACUGGACGCUGGAUCCGCGCACGCAAGACGUCGUGGCCAAGUGCUCCGAGGUCACCAACGGGGUCGGGGUCGAUAUCGUCUUCGACUGUGCCGGAUCCAACGCCGCGGUGCCGACGGGCAUGCAAGCCCUGAAGACCAUGGGGACGUAUUUGAACCUGGCCAUGUUUGACGAACCCAUGAGCAUCCCUGUCUUCCUCAUGCUGUCCAAGCAAAUCACCAUUCGGAACUGCAUGAUCUACAGCGACGAGGACUUUCAAAGGACCAUCGACCUGUUCGCCCAAGACAAGCUCGUCGGCAUCGAAGAGAUGGUGACGGCUCGGAUCUCGGUUGACCAAGUGGUGGAAAAGGGCUUUGGCGAGCUGAUCCGCAACAGAGACCGGCAUAUCAAGAUCCUCAUCUCGCCUAAGAAGCCGGACGGGGACGCGUGA